AUGACAUCCACUCCGGUCCUCGUUCUCGAUAAUGGGGCGUAUAUCAUCAAAGCUGGAGUGGCAGGGGUAGAUUGGGAGCCCAGAGUCAUCCCCAACUCAAUAGCCCGGUCAAAAGCGGAGAAGAAAGUCUACGUCGCCGACGAGAUAGAGUCAUGCAAAGACUUGUCGAGUCUGGCAUAUCGUCGGCCCUUCGAGCGGGGUAUGCUUGUCAACUGGGAUGUGGAGAAGGCUGUUUGGGACCGCAUUUUCUCUUCUUCAUGCUUGAAUAUCACUCCUACCGAGACGUCGCUCCUGGUUACCGAGCCAUACUUCAAUCUGCCGAAUAUCGCAGAGACGUAUGAUCAGAUGGUCUUCGAGGAAUGGGAGUUCGCAAGCUACUAUCGGACCACUCCCGCUGCUCUGAUACCGUACGGUGGGCUCUUCGAGGACGAUACAGGUAUCUCUCCAGAAUGCUCUAUCGUUAUCGACAUGGGGUACUCGUAUACCCAUGUAAUACCUAUCAGAUCCGGCGAGGUCAUCUGGGAGCACAUCAAGCGGAUGGAUAUCGGCGGCAAGCUUCUGACCAAUCAUCUAAAGCAUCUCAUUUCGUUCCGACAGUGGAAUAUGAUUGAUCAGACUGCUAUCGUCGAAGCUGUUCGCCAGACCUGCGGCUACGUCAGUAUGGACUAUAAGGCGGACCUGGACCUUUGCAAACGAAAUCCCCGCAAGAACCCGAUAGUGCAGGAAUACGUCCUCCCUGACUUCUCGCCAAACUCGACCUCUCGGACAGGGUAUAUCCGUUCUGGACCCGGCGCUGCUUCAUCACCUCCACCUACAAAUGGCGCUCAAAGCUCAUCGCGGAAAGCAGCAGACGGCGGGGAGGAGGAGCAGGUACUUUACAUGGGGAAUGAGCGAUUUGCGGGACCAGAGCUCCUCUUUCAUCCCAGCGACAUCGGUCUGAAGCAGACGGGCUUGCCUGAGACUAUCGCAUUUGUGAUCGGGCAGAUGCCUGUCGAGCUGCAAGGCAUGUUUUGGGCGCACAUCGGGAUCUUUGGGGGCUUGGGCAUGAUACAGAAUAUAGGCGAAAGACUAGAACGAGAUCUCCGAGCCCUCUGUCCUACCGGAUUCGACAUCGGGAUCUUUGAGGCAUUCGAUACGUCCGCACCACCUUACCACGCCGCAACCAACCUCGCCACCUCGGAAUCCUACCUCUCCACCCACCCCAUCACACGCGCCGAGUACCUCGAACACGGUUCCGGGAUCUGUCGGCGCCGGUUUGGCGGCCCAGCUUACUCGGUCAAUCCACCAGGCUUCCAGUCAGGCAUUUCGCUGGCUGAGAUGGAUGAUGAAGAGCGGGAGAGGCGGUAUGCCAUGGGACUGAUGGAGAUUAGUAAGAAGGGGAAGGCGAAGAAGAGGGCGCAGGAGGAGGAGGUCGUUAGUGGAAACUGGGGCGGGAGGAGGCGGAGAGCUAUGGGGAUGAUGUGA